AUGCAGACUUGCAAGGACAUGAUUGCUAGUAACUUUUUUUUGGGUGAUUCAACUGACUCCAGUAAAAGCUCAGGGUUUCCGCCAAGGGUCCACUUGCCUUGGUGCUCAGUCGUUGUGCAUGUUCCCCAUCUAUAUUUGAGUGCCAGUGGUAUCCAAGCACGUGUCUCAACCUUUGAGGUUGAGACACGUGGUCAAAGUAGAUAA